GAGCUUUGGAAAACUUGUCAGUUUUAAAAAACAGUAUUGUGUCUGCAAAUCUUAAAUACAUAUAAAAUUUUAUUAAAAUGAAAAAUAUUGCAUUUUUCCUUGGUGUAUUGCUUCUUGCAGUGGCAGGAGGAAAUUGUCAAAUGAAUGAUUACCCUGAGGCCUUAAAAAUUGUUUUAGAAAAUUGUUUGAAUAAAUUUGACAUCUCAAAAGAGGAAUACAUGACGGCUUUAAAAAAUAAUGAUUAUAGUACAAACUCUAAAAACCGUUGUCUGAGAGAAUGUUUAAUGACAGAUAGUGGCAUAAUGAAAGAUGGAGAAAUAAAAAUUGAAAAAAUUAAGGAAUUAAUGGUUAGCUAUAACCCUACUAUAUCUGAAGCUGAUAUUGACAGUACUCAUGCAAAAUGUGUAACAGAAGCUCAACAGAAGACAGACAAAUGCGAUAUGGCACAAGAAUAUGGAAAAUGUGUUGAUGCUGUAUUUAUGAAAGCAUAAUAACUUUUCAUAUAAAUAAUUGAAAGGAAAACUUUUUUCAAGGAAUUUUUGAACUUGAAAAAAAUUUAUAAUACACAAUUUUGUUCCUUAUCUAUUUGUUGAUAUAAUUCAAAUAUUUAAAAAUAAAUAAUGAAAAUAUAAAAAA